AUGUCUGGCGCCGGGCCCGAGGACGGUAGGAAAACAACCAAGCAACCGCUCGGACCACACAAACCCUCCGACUUUGCUCUGAAAAACAAUUUGGUAGACAUCAGUCAGCGAGGCCAUGCCCAGGUUUUAUCCCUCCAGGCCAAACAACAAGAACUCGGCACUCUUCAGUGUUAUGAGCGUUACGAGCGUUAUGAGUGUGAUGAGCGUUAUGAGCGUUACGAGCGUUACGAGCGUUACGAGUGUGAUGAGUGUUAUGAGCGUUACGAGCGUUAUGAGCGUUACGAGCGUUAUGAGCGUUAUGAGUCUGUGGAGGUUGUCCGUAUGAAAUUACAAAAUGACCCCACCCUUAGCAAUAGGUCCACCCUGAACACUGACCAAACUGUUUUAUCAGACAUGGAGAAGAGCGCUGAGAAGGUGAAGCUGCAGCUGAAAUCCAGAGUCAGGCAGAUCCUCACCCUGGAGGGAGAGCUGGAACAUCUGCAGCAGCACGCGCAGGUCCUGCAGUCGCGCUUGGUAUCCGUUUCUGACGCCAACACACGACUGCAUUUUAAUAUAGAGGAGGAGGAGGUCAACGCCCGUAUCGUGCUAGCCAGGUACAACACGUACCGGAAAAAGAUGGAGGGUCACAAGGUGGCUGCCUUGCAAGCGAAAAGCCAAACAGAGGUCCACGGGGAGCUGGAGAAGAAGAGAGCACUGUUCAGGAUGCUGAAACAGAGAAAAGAAGCUUUAGAAGACCCAAAUGACAAAGCUGUACCGCAGGAAAAGGUGUCAAGGGAGACUGAGGAUCUGCAAAGAGAAAUCUCGGUCCUGGGGAAGACUGUGGCUGAGAGAAAGGAGAAGCUCCUUAAAGAGCUUGACACUCAAUUCAAGAUAAAGAAAGAUAUAGAGAUCCAGAACAAGCGUCAUGAGGCGAUCGUAAAGCGGCUCCACUGUCAACUCAACAAGGCCCAAGCCAACCACAGGCAAAUUUCUGAAGAUAUCGACCACAUGCAGAGACAGAUAGAGGAGCUAAAGAGACGGAUGAAGCCAUCACAGGACCUUUUCCUCAGUAUGCUCUAG